GAGAGGCGGGGUCCUCCGCCCCUCCCCCCGCGCCCCUCCCCCCCACAAAGCCGCCGCCGCAGUCGAGCUCCGAGCGCCGCUGCUAUCGGGAGCCGUCAGCAGCUGCUGGGCGUCGCCCGCGCCUCACGAUGCCUUCAAUUAAGCUGCAGAGUUCAGAUGGAGAGAUUUUUGAAGUCGAUGUUGAAAUCGCAAAACAGUCCGUGACCAUAAAGACGAUGCUGGAAGACUUGGGAAUGGAUGAUGAAGGCGAUGAUGACCCAGUCCCUCUUCCAAACGUCAACGCAGCUAUUUUAAAAAAGGUGAUUCAGUGGUGCACCCAUCACAAAGAUGAUCCACCUCCUCCCGAGGAUGAUGAGAACAAGGAGAAAAGAACGGAUGACAUCCCUGUGUGGGAUCAAGAAUUUCUGAAAGUAGACCAAGGAACACUUUUUGAGCUCAUCCUGGCUGCAAAUUACUUGGACAUCAAAGGUUUGCUUGAUGUCACAUGCAAGACAGUUGCCAACAUGAUCAAGGGGAAAACUCCAGAAGAAAUUCGCAAGACAUUCAAUAUUAAGAAUGACUUCACUGAAGAGGAAGAAGCACAGGUACGUAAGGAGAACCAGUGGUGUGAAGAGAAGUGAAGCGCUGUGCCUGACACUCGAACACUGUAAGGAUUGUUCCGAAUACUAGUUGCACUGCUCUGUUCAUAAUUGUUAAUAUUAGACAAAUGCAGCAGCAAAUGAAGUUGUGUUAGCAAGAUAUUGUUCCCUUUGCAUGUGUAGUGUUGUUUUUUUUUGAGUAUAAAUUUAAAUCUGCGUUUUUACUAGUGUAAUGGGGUGUCUUUUUACUUUACUCUGCAACGAAUAAAGCUGAACCAAGUGUGGAUCCUGUAUGGAAAGUAGCACUUAAGGUUGUCAUUUUCGUUAUGCUUUUUUAUCUGUUCCCAGUCCAGUUACAAUCUUAAGUGUUGACUCCACCAUUGUAAAUAAAACCACCUUUGCUUUCUUCCUCAGGAAGAACAAAACACUUAUUUACAGGGUAUUGAUGGCUUCAGAAAGGAAAAUUAAAUGUCUUGGGGAGCUACAUGAAGUUUAAAAAAAAAAAAAAAAUUUGUUGG